UAUUUUUUUCUUCAAAGUAACAUGGGCGCAAGCACAUCAUCUACGCCGCAAUGGUAAAAUACGCGAUUGUUUGUAGCCGGAGACAACUACGUUUGAAAUGAUGCCUAUACUUCCAACAUCAGUGAAAUAUUUACCAGGACUGUGUAAAGAGAAUGCACCCAGACGCUUCCCUUGGCCAAGACUAUCCAGAAUUAUUUUGAGAAACUUUGCAAGCAACUUUUGGCAUCGAUCUCAUCAUGAACGCGUUUUUGGUUGUGACCUAAUUGCAUUGUGCAGGAAUCCAGCCAGGAUAAAUUCUACUUUAGAAGGAAUUUCACAUUCCAACACACCACGAUGUGUGUCUUUUACAAGGAACAUCCAGACUUGUAAGCGUCAUCACUUUCGCUUCAUCCCCGAGUGUUGGACAUCUUCAGGGGAUAAGAUAAUCAGAGGGUCUAAAGAAAAGGGAGAUUUUAGAGAUAAUCUUGAUGCCUUGGUAGCUGAAUCUAUCAAAGAAGAAGACAUGGGACAAAAAAACAAUGAUGAGGUAGAUGAUGAGGACGAGAUAUUUAUCAGCCACUCAGGAAAGAUGCUAAUGUUUCCAUGGCGACUGGUGAAUACAAGUAGAGAAGGAUGGUCAGAUGGAGAGAGGAAGGACAGGAGAGAAGAUAAAACCAAGUAUCCCUCUGUGACUGGUAUACUGCAAAAGACGAUGUCUCCUGACAGUGCAGUAGCUCUUCUUAGGUGGGAAAGAUUCAUGAUCAAGAAGAUGGGAUUACCUGCUUUUCUGAAGUAUAAGAAAGAGAUGUUCAGUGAGGGACAUCAACUCCAUGCAAACAUUGGACACGUCAUACUCAACAAUCCUGAAAAGGUAGCCAUUGAUAAGAAUAUUGAAGGCUACUGGAAUAGCAUCAAGGAGCGACUUCCAGAGCUUGUCUCAGACUCUCCCAUCAUAGAAUGUCACACAAAGCACCCGUAUCUUGGUUACCACGGUUAUGCUGACUGCAUCACAGAGUACAGAGGGAUGCCUUGUCUUGUUGAAUUCAAGACAUCUAGGAAGCCUAAGAAGAGUCUAGCCAAGUGCUUUGAUAGCCCCGUACAGGUUGCAGCCUACCUCGGAGCAUUCAACUUUGACUCAUUUCAUCAGUUUCAGAUAAAUCAAGCACUUCUGGUGAUAACCUACAAAGAUGGCUCCCCAGCCGACCUCCAUGUCAUGACCUCUGACCUCUGUGACCUUUACUGGAAGAAAUGGUUGAGGAGACUUCAAGAAUACAGGGAAAUAGAAAGCAGACAAACAGCUGCAGAGCAUUAGAUUGGUAUUGUGUUUGAACAUUCAUCAUUAACUGGGCAUGGUGACUUCUAUUUGAACAUCAUCAUUAACUGGGCACCAGAGCUACCAAGUCUCACGCAUUAUGCGUGAGACUCAAGCAUUUUUUACUCUUGUUCAUCCCCUCAAAUCUCUGUCUCACGCAACUAUCACAGCCUAUCCCCAUAUACAUUGUACACAAUGUCUGUGAUCUCACUCAGAUUCACAGAAAAUCUCACGCAUGGCUGGUCUUUGAACUUGGCAUCUCUGGGGCACGGUGACUUCUAUUUGAACAUCAUCAUUAAAUGGACACGGUGACUUCUAUUUGAACAUUCAUCAUUAACUGGGCACGGUGGCUCAGUGGUAGAGCGUUCAUCCAGAGAUUGUGUGAAGGUUCCAUCCUCCACCAUGCUCGUCAUACCAAAGUAGUGUGAACUUCUCCCAUCUAGCUAGGUACUCAGCAUAUUACAUGUAGAUUUUAUAGAGUAAGAUAACCAAUAAUGUCAUGCAUAUUACAUGUAGAUUUGAUAAAGGGUAAGAUAAUAAACAAUGUCAUGCAGGUAUAAAUGUAACAGUUUCAUAACUGAAGUAGCUAUGAUAUCCUGGCGAAAUAAACAUUGUAUUAUACUUAAACAAGGUGCGAGAUCAUCAUUAGGAUCGAUACUAUUGUACAAUGUGCCUCAGUUUAUCAACAGAAGAAAAUCAGGGUGGUUGACAGUGUUUUGGGAAGGGGGAGGGGU